CUUCCGUGAUCUCGCUCUGCGACAUUCUAACGCAACCUCUGCCCACUUUCCCACCACCCUCCGCCCAUCUUUUUAUCAUCGCACCGCCCGUCCAACCCUAAUCCUCAAUCUAUUCGCGAGCACCGACUUCGGAACCUUUGGUCGGUCGAUCGCGGAACUUAUAUAGCGGAACCAUUUCUUGGCAUUCCGAAACCCUAGUUUCGACCCUUCCAGGUAGCGCCCCGUUCUCCGGCUAUUGAAACCCUAAAUUCCUGAGAGGGAGCCCAAAGGCGAUGGUUUUCUACUUCAAGGCCCGGCCGGAGGCCGGCGGUUACACCAUCUUCAUGGGCUUGGACAAGUACGAGAACGAGGAGCUGAUCAAAUACGGGUUUCCCGAGGACAUCUGGUUUCAUGUGGAUAAGAUAUCUUCUGCUCAUGUCUAUCUAAGGUUGAACAAAGGACAGACAAUUGAUGAUAUAAGUGAAGGCUUGUUGGAGGAUUGCGCUCAGCUCGUCAAAGCUAAUUCAAUUCAAGGAAAUAAGAUGAAUAGUAUUGAUGUUGUUUAUACCCCAUGGUAUAAUUUGAAGAAGACUCCUUCCAUGGAUGUUGGGCAAGUAGGCUUUCACAAUCCUAAAAUGGUUCGCACCGUAAGAGUGGAAAAGCGCAUAAAUGAGAUUGUUAACAGGUUGAAUAAGACAAAAGUAGAACGGAAGCCAGACUUAAAAGCUGAACGAGAAGCAGUCAGUGCGGCAGAAAGAGCUGAAAAGAAACUUCAGCAACGAGAGAAAAAACGUCGGGAAGAGAUGGAGAGGCUCCAGAAGGAGAAGCAGGCAGAAAUAAGGAGCUACAAGGGCUUGAUGGUUGCAGACAAGAUGACAUCUAACAAACAAAUUGCAUCCAACGAUAAAUCCCUGCAAGAACUUGAAGAGGAAUUCAUGUGAUCCCAGCUCCAAACAUCAGUCGAUAACUAAGUUUCAAGAUGCGGUCCACGUGACAGGUUGAAAGCUGUGGCAUGCGAUAUCAAAAAGGUUUUCUAGCCAACUGUAUUUGUGUGAUUCCAUAAUUUCAUUGUUACAAACUGUAAGCUUGUAUCAUAUCAUGAAAUAUCAGUGGGGAAAUUGUUGUUCUAAUCAACAACUUGUGCAACUAUUUGUAUAACAGUAUUUAUGAAAUGAAAGUUAUCUAUGCUUCAUUGCUAGAUUGUUGA